AUCAAUCUGCCAGCUUCCGUGUUCCGUCCCCUGUUUCUGGCUCCCAUUCUUAUAAAUCUAUCCUCUCUCUCCCUCUCUCUAUUACCAACAAACAACCCGAAAGGUCUUUCAGAAAGGGAAAUCAAACGUAACAUUUCUGUGAUGUCUACUGUUGGAAAUUCAACAAACAUAUUUUGGCAAGAAUGUCCAGUUGGGAAGAUUGAAAGGCAAAAGCUACUUAAUCAGAAGGGCUGUGUUGUAUGGAUUACUGGUCUCAGUGGAUCAGGGAAAAGCACACUGGCAUGUUCAGUUAACAGAGAACUGUAUUCUAGGGGGAAGCUGUCUUAUGUCCUUGAUGGAGACAACCUUCGACAUGGACUAAACAAAGAUCUUAGUUUUAAAGCAGAAGAUCGGACUGAGAAUAUACGUAGGGUUGGAGAAGUAGCGAAACUGUUUGCAGAUGCCGGUUUAAUCUGCAUUGCCAGUCUGAUAUCUCCUUAUAAGAAAGACCGGGAUGCUUGCCGUGCAAUGUUGUCAGAUCCAAACUUUAUUGAGGUUUACAUGAACAUGCCUCUGGAACUGUGCGAAGCAAGAGAUGUUAAAGGCCUUUACAAACUUGCACGGGCUGGCAAGAUCAAAGGUUUUACUGGGAUAGACGAUCCUUAUGAACCACCGUUGAAUUGUGAGAUAGAAAUAAAACAGAAGGAUGGAGUUUGCCCACCGCCAGGUGCCAUGGCAGGACAAGUAGUUACUUAUUUAGAGGAGAAAGGAUAUCUGCAUGAUCAGUGAUCAACACCCUGCAUUUUUUUGAUAUCUAUAUGAAGAUCUUAUAUAACCUGCGACAUCAAAAGUGUCUUUGCUUUACCACCUGCGAACAAGAGGAGGUUAGUAUGUUCCAAGUGCAAACCAUGUCAUUUUAAUAGUUUCCAAUAUAGGGAAUAUAUUUUUUGCGAAUAAUUUAGGAUUUUCAAGCAACAGGAUAUAGGGUUCAUGGAACGCACGCUGUUGAAUCAGCAAGACCUUUUGUUUGAUCUAUUUAAGCUUCUUAUAUUAAUUCCUUAUUAUCAGCAAUAUAUACAGUUGUAUCCGGAUCUCACAGUCUAUGAAUAUCAGUUCAUUUAUAAAUCAA